AUGUCACAGUCUACUAAACGUGCAGGGCGACCAACCAAGCGGCCAAGACUGGUCAAGCACACAGCUUCACUUGAUGCACCGGAUCAAGUACAUCAUGAUAGACAUUGCAUUUUCAGCCUGCAGCCCAGUGGACGAAUUACCCUUCGGACAACGUACAUCCCUCCCAACUUAAUGCUGGAUGAUCCAGGAGAAAGCACAUUGUUUGAUGCGCAGCCCGAGCCUGCUGAUACAGAUCCCUGGAACGAAGUUGGGCACUUUACUCCCGUAAUCUGUGAGGAUGCCAACCUUGGCUCUGAGGCACUGAAAGAUCAUCCUAUAUCCCUUUGGCUGCCAGAACGGCAAACAUUCAUGCAUGAAUUCAUCAGAUUGGAAGGAAGAGGCAAACAUGCAAACAGCGCAUGUCAGUGUGGUGCCGAACAUGCAGUUUUCAGGUGUCAAGAUUGUUUUUCAGUUCAGCUUGCCUGUUGCUCGUGUACCAUCCAGUCACAUGUGAAUGUGCCGCUCCACAGAAUCAAGGAGUGGAAGGAUGGUUUUUUUCAUCCUGUAUCACUCAAGUCUAUGGGCUUGCGCGUGCAACUUGGUCACCACCUGGGUACCACCUGUCGCAGGCCAAAACCUGCAUAUAGCAAUGACUUCGUCAUUAUCGAUGUCCACAGGAUACACAAAAUUGCUCUCGACUUUUGUGGAUGCGAGCAUGAGGUGUCGCAUUUCAAGCAGUUACUUCGAGCACGCUGGUUCCCUUCCACAGUGACCAACCCAAGAACAGCAGCAACUUUUCCGGUCUUGGAAUUCUUUCAUAUUCUUUCAUUUGAGUCAAAAGAUCGUUAUUCAGUGUUCCUCCGAAUGGUUAUCGAGUGGAGAAACUGCAAGGCCUUGAAAUGUUCAGGGUGUGGACAUGAUCCCAAUGGUGUUCACUUCAUGAAUGAUGGCGACUUGGCUGUGCUGUGUCCAGCCUAUCCUCAUCCAGGUAAAAACCUGCCAGAUGACUGGGAGACUGCACCUGAUCAGUGGAAGUAUGGACUUUUCAUUGCAGUCGACGCUAAUUUUCGUCUCAAACAUCGGAUGGUGUCUAGUGAUGAGAAAGAUCCUGGUCUUAGCCGAGGAUGGGGCUAUUUUGUAGAUGAGACAGACUACAAAUGUCAUUUGAGCUCACUCACUGGGAUCACACAAGAGAAAAGUACCUGUGUCAGCCACAACACCGUGAAUAUGGCAGAUACCAAGUCAUGGAAGGGUCUAGCUGCUACUGGGGUGGGCACUGUGGACUGCGCACGACACGACAUGAAACUUGUGAACGGUGUUGGCGACUUGCAACGAGGUGAAAGGUAUGUGUUUCUCUUUCAGAUCAACAUUUCAUAUGACGUGGCUUGUCAAUGGUACAAGAAGUUGUGGCCUUGCAUGUCUAUGCUACCAUCACAUCUUCACUUCAACCAGGACGGCAAGGUCAUCAAGUUCCUUGUGCCGAAAUUCCACCUUGCUGCGCACAUUGAGGUUUGCCAGACCGAGUUCUCAUUCAAUUGGACUCCUGGUGUAGGAAGGACCGAUGGUGAAGCCCCCGAACGUGGCUGGGCCAAUAUGAAUCGUGUGGCCAGCAGCACAAAGGAGAUGGGUCCGGGAGCACGGAGAGACACACUCAAUGAUCACUUCGGUGAUUCUAAUUGGAAGAAGGUUACGGCGCUUGGUAGAGCAUUGCUGAGGAAGAUCAGCAAUGCUGUUGCAAGCAAGAAAGAGCAUCGCUGUGCCCUCCACGACUUUCAGGGCUCUAUCACCGAGUCAGAAGUAGGAGCUGCUUCACUUUCCAUAUGGAGGGCAGAGAUCGAGGCCUGGGAGAUAGACCAUUCACAGCCCAACCCUUUCCAGAGCAGAGUCGCCACAAUGACACAAGCAGCUGUGCGAUUGGAAUUGGCCAAGCAAGAUGCAAAGGCAUUGGAAGAUGGAUCGGUGGUCUCACUUCACGCUGAGGUGACUUGCAGUGUGUUCCUCAGCACUGAUGUCUGCGCACUCAGUCAACAUUCAACCGACAUUCAGAGAACCAAGAUGCCAAUGGUGCCGAAUCUUCGUGCCUCUGCAUCCCUCAUACCUCCAAAUGACAAUGACAACGAUGAUAGUGGCUGUCUGACAUUAAAUCCAAACUCAGGUAAUGCAGAAGAUUUCCAGUUACUUCUUCCUUCAGAACUCUGUAAUAUCGCCAACGAUGCUCUCAAUGAGUGUCGUUCACACAUCCGAGUUCGCCACCAGUUAUAUCAGUAUAAGACCCAGCAUGUGCGCGGACAAGGAGCAAGCACACGCGCAUGGAAGACACUAGAUGCGGUCGAAGAACAUUUAAUGCUGAGUCACGCAAAGUACGUGAGCGCCCACAAUGCGCUGGUUUCCCUUUCCUGUCACAUGGAUUGCGCAGGCUGGGAGCAGAAACUGCAGCCCUUGAAAAAGGCUCACCUCAGACCUAUGGGAGACUUUGGGGGACAGACCCAAGGGACAGCCAUCAUGUCUUGGAUUUGGUUGACGCAUGGUAUAUCCACCGAUGACAACGAGGGAUUGCAAGACUUGCUUCAUGUGGAAUGGUGCAAGGCCCGUGCACGCCACAACAGGUGGUCGGAAGAAAUUCAGCUAUUGCUGGAAGAAAUGCAAUGUGUUCUGAGAUUCUUGGACUGGCGAGCAGAGCAGUGGGACUCACAAGCAUCAAGAUCAUCUGUCGAGCAGCCGAAGGAGGACGCGGAGGGAUUUGUAGCCUACGCUCGCCGGCAAGCUCACAUCCAUCGUAGGCUUGCAGCCGUCUUCAAAGAAAGCUGGAGGAAAAUACAGGUCCGGCGGACACCUGGCGGCCCUAUACCUGAGGAGAUCCAAUACUCAGAUGAGAAUCACUGUGGAUAG